AUGAAAAACAACGUUUUCAGCAAGAUCCGAAACGCAAUUUCCAUCCGCAACCAAUGGGUGAGAGAAGCAUUAGCGGAAUUUUUGUCCACAUUUGUGAUGAUGCUUUUUGGUUUAGGAGCUGUUGCCCAGGUAGUUCUUGGGAAAAAUGCCUAUGGACAAUAUCUUAGCAUUAAUCUCUCCUUUGGAAUUGGUGUGACAAUGGGAAUUCAUGUUGCUGGUGGAGUUUCAGGAGCCCACAUGAACUGUGCUGUGUCACUAACUAACUGCAUCUUGGGAAAACUGCCUUGGGCAAAAUUACCGAUUUACAUGAUAUCCCAAGUUAUCGGUGCAUUCAUGGCUGCUGCAGUGGUGUACUGUCUAUACUAUGAGGCAUUAUACAACUACUGCGGAGGAAACUUCACGGUGACAGGGCCGCAUGAAACCGCAAGCAUUUUUGCCACGUACCCCCAGCCCUACCUAUCUACUGGGGGUGGGUUUCUAGACCAGGUUGUGGGCACUGGAGCUCUCUUACUGUGCAUCCUGGCAAAUCUCUGACAAAAAGAAAACAGUCCAGCACUGGAUGGCACACAUUCAGUGGUAAUCGGACUCUUGGUUACUGUGGUUGGUAUGUCUAUGGGCAUGAAUUCUGGCUAUGCUAUAAACCCAGCCAGGGACUUUGGACCACGCGUCUUCACAGCAAUCGCUGGAUGGGGAACAGAAGUAUUUAGGGCUGGAAAUUACUGGUUUUGGAUUCCUGUAGUUGCUCCCAUGGUCGGUGCCCUAACUGGAGCGUUCUUGUAUAAGUUACUUGUGGGACUCCACUUUUACCAUCAGCAAUGUCAGAAGACUAAAGAAGAGGACACAGAGAAGACGACACCUGAAGCACUGAGUGAAUAUAUGUGA